ACCCGGCGUCCGUUCCAUUGGGUUCUCGCUUUAUUAUAAAACUACAAAACGCGUCGCGACUCUCUAUUCAUAAUUAAGUGCCAAGUUGUCUUAUUAAAAUAAAUUGUGAUUCUUAGAAGUGAAUUAGACGUUAAAUAUUUAUGUUCUUAAUAAUUACAAAGAACAUUUAAUUCGAAUAAUAAUAAAAUAACUUGUGUGCUCUUCGUGAAAUAAGUGCAUUCGGACUAACAACUUAAUACUGAAGUUUUGUUGUGUUGUUUACGAUUACGGGAGUGUUUACAGCGCGCACGUGGUUGUGCCGCCCGCCCGCGCGCGAUGCCGCGAAAAACUUUCUUUGAAAACAUUACUGUGGCAUAACUUGAUGCGCGAAUUCCGAAAGGUACGCUUGACAUCGAUCAUGGCUUUAGCUUGCAGCGCCUAAACCGCAUCGACUACAUGUGCGAGAAAAAGAGAAGCGACAUUUUUUUUCUUUUAUUUUUCUUUGGAGGAGACUGCGCUCUCCUUUGGUUUGAUGCAUUAAAUGGCUAACAGCAACACCGUAUCGUCGACCUUACCGUCGAGGGACUACCAUUGCAAGGUUUGCGACCUUUAUUUGGACACUGUUGAUUCUUUAGAAGUGCAUUUACAAUAUCAUAAAGAGAAUUUAUAUGUAAAAUGGGGUACGCAAAACUCGCAAAAUGAUGCUGAUAACAACAACGGUACAAAAAUAAAGAACGAGACAACAGUUUCGGCUCCAGCAGAUUCGAGCGACAAUAUGAUUACUAAACCUAGUCCUGAGUUUCAACAAAGAGCUACGCCGGAGACUUCAACACAGUUUCCUCAUCCGGCAACACCACAGAGCUACCACAGUGCACCAUCGCCGUACCAGAAUCCUGAUCAAACUACAUUUUCUCCUGGAGCGCAAUAUGGUAACAACUAUUCGCAUUCAAGCUUUUCUCAAAAUCAGCAUUCCGAGCAAAUUACUAACUGGGAACAAUCCCAAUAUAAUCAAGACUAUCAACAAAAGUCGAAUCGUUUCCAUCCUUAUAACAUCCAAGACCGUGUUUCGCAAGUAUCAUCAUCAAGCCCUUUGUAUGGUCAGCCACUAAAUCAACCAACUCCAUCUCCGUCGCCUAAUCAGUGUGACAAAUGUGGCUAUGUAUGCGAUUCUGCUGUUCAACUCAAUGAGCAUUGCAACACGGCUCAUGCCGGGUCAAGUGCGACAAAUGCAUCUAACAAUAUCGCAUUUCAACAAUUUCCGGGAAAGCAAUUUAAUAAUUCGAACUACCAAAAUGAUAACAUCAAAGUGAAAGAAGAACAUGAAGAGUCCUCGGAUAUAUUAGAUUUAGAUUCUCAAAAGGUUGUAUACCAAGGAAAUGAAGGCGAGACACAAAAUAGCCAAUACGAAGAAGCACCAGCACCAGGAAGAGAAGUAAACACACGAACUGUUCCUAUGAUGCCAUGGGAAACACAAAAGCUUUAUAAUAAUCCUCAAAUAAAUGGUGAUGUUUCACUUUUCAAAGAUCAAAAAAUGUUUCAAGAACAAAAACAAUAUCCGUCAGAUGUUAAAAUAUUUCAUCCCGAACAAAAGUUUGCAUACUCACAAGACAAAUUUUUGCCAGUACAUCAUGAUCAGAAUCAAUUUAUGCACGUUGGUCAGAAAAUAUAUUCUGGUGUACAAAUGCCACCGUUAACGGACUGCGUGGGUGUUGUAGCAUCUUCCAACUCCGACAUGAAACCUCCAUACAGGCCUUACGAUUCACCUAGUGCUCCUCAAAUUACCAGCACACAGCCUGCGAAUUCUACGUCAUCAGCAUUACCAUCAAUUGGUGGAAAAGGAGCUAACUGGAAAUCGAAUGAAGCCAGAAGACCAAAAACGUACAACUGUACAGCUUGUAACAAGUGGUUUACUAGUUCAGGUCAUUUGAAAAGACAUUACAACACAACCUUACACAAAAAUGCUGUAAGGUCUUCAGGCCAACCAGAUCCAGCUACAAUGCCAAUAUCCAGUCACCAUCACCCUACGCGUGAGUCGUUAGCUCGCGCGCAACAACAGAGCGCAGAUUCCAACACACGAAGCCCAGUCCCCUCUGAUGACAGCCGAGGCGUCGACGACGGUGCUCUGCAGUCCCCCUACGCAUCACAAAGCUUCGAACGCUCUCACCGAGUUGUUGGUAUGCAGUCCAAGCCGCCGUACACGCAUCUUCAACAGGGUAACUUAGAUAAUAAUUUCAGUAAUAAUUCAUUAGUUAACCAUCCAUUACAGCAUCAAGUAGGGUCACAUCCCAUGAAUAUAGGUAAUCAGCCUCCUGGCAUAGGCAAUCCAAAUGAUAAUCAGGGUUCUAAGGGUCAAUCAAUUACCUCUAGCGCGAAUCCCCCAAACGGGGAAGCAGGUCCCUCUGUUUCUCAAAAUCAUCAUAUGAGGGGCCUGCUAUCAGUAUCAACCAGCAAUAUUUCAGCUCCAGUGCUAACCCAGAGUACACCAGCGCUUACGGCACACACGCUACCGCCGUUCAGUCAUUUGGGUGUCAACCCUUACAAUCCGAGGUCUACGGAUCCUUUGGGGCCUUCGGUUCCGGACCCCACGCACACCCCAUUAUAUUUGGGUCAGAAUUUUCAACAGACUAUAGCACCGAAUUACCCAAACGGGAUGGCCCCCCACGUUAUGGAUAUGGCUAUCAACAAUCUGCCUAUAGCCAAUCCGGCUACUUUUGGUGAACAACCAGAAGUAGUCGAAGUUAUGGAACAAGAAACGUCGACUCAGCCAGCUGGUGGACGCUUACCAAGCUUCUCUCAGCUACAAACGCAGAGCUUCAGCGUUUACGUUUCUAACUAUGUCACAACACCUAACGUGGGGGGUCAAGUUAUCGCCGACGAGUCCACCGCCGGUUAUAUAAUUGUUGAUCCAGUGCAGUCUCCUAUGCAAUAUAACAGUAUUGAUAUAAAUGGACAUAACGUAGAUUAUGAGUACACAUAUUCCCCUAAAGCUAUAAAAGAAACAAUGGUCACUUACAACACGGAUAAUAUUAAAUUAUAUCCUUAUGGGUAUGCUGUUGGUGGAAAAACAAUCAAAAGAGACGAUGAGACGGUGAGAGACUCGAGUGAACUUCAAAUACUGAAAAUCGAGGACAUAAUGGAUUACGCAAACAAAGAGAAUUAUCGUACUCAGAUGAAGUCUCCGGCCAGUCCUGAAAGCGCAAAAGCGGAUAACGAUAGUCACAGCUCACCAUCUAUUUCAUCAACUGUACCCAGUACACCUUUAUCUGAAAGAAAUCAGCUAAAGAAAAGUGUACCUACUACUAUUCAUAAGUGUUUCGAAUGCGAUAAGUUAUUUAACAAAGCAUGUUAUCUGACACAACACAAUAAAACUUUUCACUCGGGAGCUAAGCCAUUUAAGUGCGACCGCUGCGGUAAACGCUUUUCAGACGAUGUUUCAUACGAAGGCCACUACUUAAAGCAUGCCGACAAUAAACCAUUCAAAUGCAAUGAAUGCCCGAAAUCGUUUAACCACAAGACAGACUUACGUCGUCAUAUGUGCUUGCAUUCAGGCUGUAAGCCAUUCGCAUGUGAUCACUGUGGCAAAGGCUUCAUACGUAAAGAUCACAUGAUUAAGCAUUUUGAUACACACAUGAAAAAGAGUUUACGUUCUUCAUCAACUAUCUCCUCGACAUCUCCAUCUUCUUGAAUUGAUAAUUAAUUAUCACUCAUACGUCGGGUUAAUAGAGAAGUAGCGUAUCAUUUACACAUAUCAUGAUUUUAUAUCAACAAUAAAUAGAUCACUACUCGAUCUCGGUAUUAGUUUAGGGACAUAAAAUUUUAAAGUUUGCUAUGUGAUAAUCCAUAGUGUUUGGGGGCUUAUUUCGAAAUACAGGCGUUCAAUCGGACAGUUUUAUUUUUUGUUGUUCAUUAAAAUCUAACCUUGUCUUCAACACAAGGUGACUUUACAUGUCUGGUUGUCUGGGCGCUAAACAAAACAUAUAAUUACAUGACGCUGGAGUAAUAUUCCGCUAUAUUUUAGACCGAUCCAUAUCAAUUUACAUAUGAAAUUUAUAUAGUAAGAAUUAGUUUUAAAUGAAUCCGUUUACACAUAUGUUAGGUCUCAUCAGUGACUUAUAAUGUUAAUCACAUAUCUUUUUAAACUUUUUAUUUUAGUUGUAAUAAUUAUUAUAUGUUUGCGAAUAAUUGUUGAUGUUUAUAAUAUGUGAGUAGUCCUUCUGUGUAAAUAAAUUUUGAAGGUCACGACAAAUAUAUUUUUAUGAAGUACAUGAUAUGCAGUAAUUACAUUUCGAGUUUUUAAGCAAAAUAUUCAAAAGUAGAAUGGAACAUUCAGUACAAAACAAUAGUGAUUUCGGCAAUAAGUUUGUAAUAAAAUAUAGUAAUAAAAUAUUGCAUGUAAAUACCUACAAACUCUGAAAGGUAGGUCUACACGAUAAUGCGUGAGUAAGUAGCAAACUUUUAGAACUUACGGCAUGAAAGAGACGUACUACUAAAUAGUAAAUAUAUAUCGUUGGCCAGUGGCAACGGGCCGUACGUAUUCGGUUUAUUUCUCGUAUAAUAAUUAUAGUUUGUUAUAUUAUUCCGGUGCUUCCUAUUAUCUGUUAAAAUUUGUUUUAAAAUGUAAGCUAGUUAAAAACUUUUAAAUUCAGAUUUUUUGGGAGUUUUUAAGUAUUUAUGCCACUUUAGUUACCAAUAUGUUAUUUGAACGAAUUUAGUUAAAACAUUCCUGUUUCGUUAGUGUAGGAAAGUAGUCUUCCUGAACGUUGCCAAAUUAAUACCGCCAACUCUCUGUUGCGAAGCGAUUUAACUUUUAAUAAUUUUUAGCCUAAUGAUAAUGAAAUUCUUUAGCAAUAAAUUAAUAUAAUACUGUAAAUGUUUUCUUUUUGUAUAGAAUAAAAUAUCUCGUUUACGUAUAGAGUAAUAUGGGACGGCUAGGAACACAUCAACAUUUUGUAAAUAUUACGAAAGAUUAUGAAUAGACAGUACUGACAUAUCAAGGUCCCAAAACACGUGCGUAACAAAAUAUUCGUCAUGUCAGAGUUAAUAUUGAUAUCAACUCGGUGCAACAACCAUUACUUGCAAAAAAGCUGGUGAAUUUAAAAACUAUAAACUAAUAGAAAUACAACUACAUCAAUGAUAUAUAUAUUUGUUUUAGAUAUCAUCAGUUUUUUUGCAAUUGCUCGAACAAAUGAUUUAACUGAUGUAACGGAGAAUAUUUUAUGCCGCCACAAAUUAAGAUCCAUGCUAAAUAUAGUACCGAUAUUCGUUUAUUAUGAAAGUCAGCGUGCAAUAUUACAUUGUAUUGACUUAAUUUUGAUAAUGUUUGUAUUUGAAUGUUGAUUAUAUUUCAGAAAUAUUUUUAUACAAAUAUAAUUACACUUGUCUACCUCAUCAGUGACUAUAUUAUCGUGUCAAAUUGUAAAAAAAACUUUAUACAUCACUUAUUCAUUGAUGAUUAUAAAAGUAACAAUUAUAUAUUAAAUCUAUGAAUACUUCCACAAUCGUUUACGAAUAUAUUUGUAACUUGUAACUCUUGCCAAACGUCAGUCAAUUAAAAAUUAUAAUUUUUCAAGAGUAUCCAACUGUAAAACGUAAGUACAAAUUAUGUAUAUUCUAAAUCAUUAAUUUAAUUGGCUGACGGACGCGUAGUGUAAUUAUGAUGUAUACAGAAAGAAAUAACCUACAUACCUACUUUAAGUACUGUACUUUAUGAAGUUGGUAUUUAUGUAACAUAUUUUCAUUAUAGCAAUAAUAAAAUAGUGAAAAAUUUAUGAAUAUGAAACUUAACUACCUCAAGUAACGAGUUAUAGGGUUAGAAAGUGUUGUGAGGGCGUGGAGUGUCGGCCGGGACGGGCGCAGAACUAACCGAAUACCUCGUCUUGCCUUCCACAGUUUUAUAUUGAAAGAUUAUAAUAUAUUAUUCUUUAUACAAAGUCCCGUCCAGUGGCGCGCACUCUGUCGCUCGUCUUCUAAUAUUUUAGCGGACAUUUAUCUCCUCCACACUGUUUAAAGCACACACUAUGUAGUUGUAUUUAGGUAUAAACUAAUGUAAAUACAAA